GGCGGCGUUUGUAUGACUGCUGAAAAGCGUGGGUCAGUUUUGAUUUAUUUACAAAAAAAAACAAGUGGUUUCCGCAUUCGUGAUUUAGCACUUCGCUAACUAGUUCUAUAUGGCUGUGCGAGCAGAACUAAGGAGAAUUGCAAUUAAAUCGAUAAAUAAUUAAAUAUGUAUGUACAUAAGCCGAGGAUCAUAAUUUGUUAGAAAAUUUCUCCUUGGAGUAGGCAGCGCCUCAUAAUAGCGUUGUUAAUUAUUUUGAGGAUCCAAGCAAAGAGAAAAAUCGAGUUAGCCAAUCAGCCAAAGUACCCCUGCCUGUCAAAUUUAAACGUCAAGAUUUACAGGAUUACCAUAACAGUACAUAGAUGGGAAACGGUAGAGACAAAAUUGAACUUUGUGCCGUUGUGAGUCAUUAAGUCCACAGCCCACUGAUUGGAGCGGCUGGUCACUAUAUAAAUCAGCAUAAUUAAUAACUAGGAAAUAUUUCCAUGAGUCUAUGUGGAAAUAAAUUCAACUUUGGGUCUAUUUCAUGCAUAUACAGAAGGGCCAGGGAAUAAUCUGGGUCGACCAGUUCCACAGAUACGUAUAUAUAUCUGUUAGUUAUUCCAGCGAUGAUGAAUGAUUUCGUGGCUAUUUAGGCCAUUCCUCUAUUAGAUGUAGGUUGUGAGCUUGUCUUGAUUACGAUAGUGUUACGUCGAUAACACAAUUUCAAGGUUGAGCCGUAUAAAGUGCUUAAACCCUCAUCAGCUUUUUGAAUGUUCUCACUGCGGAGCGAAUCGACAAGCCUUAUUCGGCGAGGGAUAAAUGGAAUAAUAUAGUUGUAGAUAUUAAUUUUUGUAUUCGUUGUACCAACGAAUAUAUUACAAUUAGAGAAAACGUUUCAAUUACGUAAACUACGUAAGCGUUUAUUUCCUGAAUUUACGGGAUCAUUCUUGAUGUAUAUGCAGCUGUUCUCUCUCCGGCAAAACUAACGAACUGCAAUUAUAAGUGUAUAUAUGCACGUCUUUAUUUAAUUAAUAUCUGAGAUCCUUCUCGAUACUUAGUAAUAAUAACAAUAACUACUUUGCUAUUUUGUUCGAUGAGAAUUCUUUUCGCCUACUUUGUUGUCAGAGAAAUCAUUCGUGUUUUUCGAGUAAUUCCUUUCCUUCGUCUUUGUUGUGGCAAUUAUGGCUGAAAACUGACACAUUUGGUAUUAACUGCAACAUUACUUACCUCUUUAAAGAAGAUGAAUUUAGCCAUUUAAUAAAAAGGGCUCAAUCGGUCAAAUAGACUGCAUUUCACAUUUUCUUCGUUAUAUCAGUUAAUUAGAACUUCAAUUGAUAAGAUCUAACUUCCGUUAAGUAUGAUCACUAUUCUCCUGUGUAACUAAAAUAUCCUUUCAGUUUCGUUCAGUGUCUUAAGCGCUUGAUGUUUAGCUGCCGUUGCUCAGCUGGUUCCUCAGGUCGAAACUGUUAUGCGUCUAUUCGAACGUAUUGGUAUCUCGAAAUUUUUCAAACGAGGGAAGACUUUACAUACUGCUGCAUGGUUCGUUAUAAUUCGCUAGUGUGUUGUAUAGGCUAUAACUGGCAUUCUAGCAGGAUUACAACUGAAUUACAAAGCGUGAACAACUAAAACGAUCAAUGUACGUAUACAAUCUUAGAUAUUUUCUAAUUUAGUAUCGCAUUAAUAGAGGCAAGAGUCCCGAGUGCGAUCCAGUGUCUCCACCACAGACGAAUUUCAAUUAACAGGUUUCCAAGUAAUUUUAGAAAUUCUAGAUCGGUUAUAAUUGUCAAAUUGAAUUUCAGAUUAUAUUAUAGAAGGGUUUUUUCUUUUCGCGGACAUAUGUGGAUAGGAUUAAAACAUCUCGAAACAAGUAUUACUCAAAGUCAAGCGACUGAAUUCCGAAAUUCGCCCGACAAAGAACAUUUAUCUUCAGUCGAUCAGAAUCAAGACAGUUGACUUGCAGAAUCUGUCGUCAUAUUCUAAAUGCGAUGAACACAUAACCACAAUUCUACUUAGUAGCAUACUUUCGGAUGCUCUGAAUGGGCUGCGUUCUAAAAUAUUCGUAGCGUUCUGCUAGCUAGAUACUGAUUAGAUAAAUUUGAUAAGAAAGUAAACAGCUUUCGUGCUAUAGUGAGGUUGUUAUUACACAUAAAUGGUAAUAGUCACAGAAUGUUUCGGUAAAACGCUAGCUUGUGAUCGCUUCCAGUGAUACUAGUAACUUUAAACAUGCAUUUGACUGAGGCAAUUUAGAGGUACUCGUAAUGGUCUGUCGAAUAACAACCGACUGCUGAAGAUAUACAUUAAAGUGCAUUAAAAUGAAAAAAAUCUCCACUACCAGGUGAUGAAGCGUCUAAUUAGAUGACCUAGAGGAAAAAGGGACACUAUCGUAAGAUGCAUAAAGCGGUGGCGAGUGUCCCACGCGAACUUCUCAUCGCUGGAGAAGACGAUGAUUGGGAGACGGAUCCCUCGUUCGUCAAUGACGUUUCUGAAGAGGAACAGCGAUGGGGCAGUCGAACCGUCGAAGGAAGCGGCCGUACAGGCGGUGGAGCCUUCGAUUUUCAAGACCUUCGUCGCCAGGUGACUCACGGAGAUGCUGAAUUGAAAAAAACCCUCAUGGGAGAAGUCGUUGAUUCCUCACACUACGGUUACGGAGGCAAGUUUGGCGUACAGAAAGAUCGUCAGGACCGAAGCGCAGUCGGCCAUGAAUAUGUAGGCAAAACCGAAAAACAUUCAUCGCAAAAGGACUAUGCGACCGGAUUUGGGGGAAAAUUUGGCGUCCAGAAGGAUCGUCAAGAUCAGAGUGCCGUCGGCUGGGAUCACAAAGAACAAAUUGAAAAGCACGAGUCACAAAAGGAUUACGCUAAAGGUUUCGGAGGCAAGUAUGGAAUUCAACAGGAUCGUCAAGAUAAAUGUGCUGUUGGAUGGAAUCAUAAGGAACAAGUUGAAAAACACGAGUCACAAAAGGACUACGCCAAAGGAUUUGGUGGCAAAUUCGGUGUACAGGAAGAUCGUCAAGACAAGUGUGCGGUCGGCUGGAACCACAAGGAGCAGGUUGAAAAACACGAAUCACAGAAGGAUUACACCAAAGGCUUUGGGGGCAGAUUUGGUCUACAAGAAGAUCGAAAGGAUAAGAGCGCUGUUGGCUGGGAACAUCAUGAGAAGACUGAGAAGCAUUCGUCGCAGACUGACCACUCAAAAGGGUUCGGAGGAAAGUUUGGCGUGGAACAGGAUCGAAAAGAUCGCUGCGCAGUAGGCUGGGAACACAAGGAGCACGUCAAGGCCCAUUCAUCUCAGACUGACGGCAAGAAAGGAUUCGGCGGUGCGUUUGGUGUGGAAAAAGGGAAGCAGGAUAAAGCCGCGCACGGAUUUAGCGAGAUGGCGAAAACUGGAACGGCGUAUACAAAGGAGAGGCCGGAGAUUACCGUGAAGGCGAGGUCACUGAAGGAGCGCUUUGAAAAGAUGUCCCAGGAUGGUGAAGCAGAACGCCGAAAGGCUGCCGAACUCGAGCGCACAAAGCGAAAAGCUAGAGAAGAAAAGGAACGGGAAGAAGCUCUUAAAGCUGAGAAAGAACGCAUGAAAAAAAUUGAGGAGGAACACAAAAGACUCGAGGAAAUUGAGAAACAAGAGGCCGCUAAGAGGGAAGUGGUAGAAGCCAAAUCUACUGCAGCGUCUGUUCCCAGCCCACAAAAAAGGGAGAGUCGCGGGGAAAAGAUGCCCGUAUUGCCACUAGUCUCUGAGCCGCCCCCUUCAGUUGUCGCAAGUACGCCUGUGCCCGCCCCUGUAGCUUCGCCUCGAGGCGCUUCAUCAGCUGUCAACAGCCAGGUUGUAAGUGCUGUGGCCGUCGACGAUGAGGAGCUUUACCAGGAAGCAAUCGGUGUUUCUCUUAGCACAAAGGCAACAAACGUGAAUAACAAUAAUAACAAUAACAAUGGCGACGGCUUGACAGCGAUGUACACAGCGAUCUAUGACCCAUUGUUGAGGCCGAACGAGACUGAACACGAAACUCGGAAGUCACUGGAGAAUGAGGAAGAAGCGAUUUACGAUGAGGUGGCUGCAAAACCCGAGCCAUCGCAACACGUUUCUAAGAACAAGUGUGCAGUGGCCCUCUACGAUUAUCAAGCAGCCGAGACCGAUGAGAUUUCGUUUGACCCGAACGACGUCAUCAUCGAUGUUGAGGAAAUCGACGAGGGCUGGUGGCGAGGCCGAUGCCCAAAAACGAAUCGUAUUGGCCUCUUCCCAGCCAACUACGUACAGCUGAUUUAGACAUUGAAGAUCACAAAUGAAGAACACAUCGAUAUAUUUAUAUACUCAUAGUCUUCGGCAACAAGUUUCUGAAAAGGUGUGCCAUUGUAAACGAGUGUUAAAAGAAAAUGUCGAUUUGUACAAUACUCUCCGGGGAAGAUGCAACUGACAAAACAAUUAAAAUAUGAUUAGUGGACCUUCGAACCCCGUCAAAGCCCCAGACUUCGAGUCAUCUUUUUUCUGGCGUUAUGCACAGUAAACACGCCGAGAAAAUCUGCCGAGGCUAUGAUGUUAGUAUUGCGAUGUUAGUGCCGAAGUUCAGCAAAACUGGUGUCCUGUGAAAUUCCCGGUAAUUUUCGUGUGGCAUAUCUGUGGGUAUUGGGACAGAUAUCCCAUACGGAGCAGCAACGCGGAAAAUAUCGUAAGGGUCGAAAAAAUCAGAAUAAUUAUUACCAGCUGAUUUCAGUGUAGCAAAAGUUCAGAAAAAGACGUCAGCUAAAAAUUGCCUUAAGCAAAUUAUGGUCGUGUUCUUAUUAGCCACUGCCCUUAACCUGAAAAAAGGCCUAUUAUGUUUAUGCGUUUCAAAUAAGCCACUAUAUUGUUGUUCAAAAUAGCAGCAAAAGACGAACGAUUCUUACUGCUCAGCAAAUAAUUUUAGCCAUUUCUAUAAGCACAUCUAUGUAUACGUAGCAAUAACAUUGUGAUGAACGGAACAAUAUCAUUUUAUUUCUUUUCUCAAUAUAUAUAUAUAUAUAUAUAUAUAUAUAUAUAUAUAUAGUUUAGAAAAGAGGUAACACAUUUAACAGCAACCCACUUACUAAUCUAAGAAGAUCAAGUUUUGUCAUGAAGAUCAAAAUACUAUAUAAACCUAAUUAACAAUUAUACUAUGAUAUGACAACAGCUACUAGGAGAUGUGCAAUGAACCAACCGUGUUUCGGUACAUCCUGACCACUAACCCGAAACCGGGUCAAGUGCCUCAUGUUGUCGUGAUUAUUAUUAUACACCGUUGGUACAAAUUCUGUUCUAUACGAGUCAUUAGCAGUGUAGAAAGGAUAGUGCAGUGAAAGAUAGAAAUUAAUUCUACACUCAACUUAUGUAUAAUAUAACCCAAUUGAACCGAGUCCUCUUCAUUGAUAGUCAAGGGUUAUAUUGCUGUUAGCGUUCGUCACCUCAGCUCCGUUAUGAACGUGUUUCCCCCAUUAUUAUUAUAUAUAUAUAUAACUUCAAUAUCUCCGUGUAAAUAUAUACAUAUAUAUCGAGACACACAACAAUGGCGAACAUUUUGUUGCAUGCUGGCUAUUCGGUUAAACCAUAAGAACGAGGACAGUAGCUCAAAUCUGCUGACCGAUUUCACUACUAAAUAAUUCUAUGAUAAUGAUUAGGUACGGAGGAAAUAAUGAAAAACAGAGUAAGAUUGUAGCCCUGUACUGAUUUCUAUACCUCUAAUAAACAUGCAUGUCAAAAAAAAGUACCAAUUUGACGUAUUCCCUUGAACAGGAGGCACUAAAUUGGCUGUGGCUGUUCUCCGCUGUACAGAUCACAAGAGUGGGCUUACUAUGAACGAAUCGCUUAUUCACGCGUUUCGCGUGUAAGGCGUUUACUGAAAAUCGCCGAUUUUAUUGAUGUAUGUUCAGUCACAUUUAUAAUGCAGAUAUCUACACCUCUUACCUUGAAUAUCAAGCCUAUUAUUAUUAAAUAACUUGAA